GAGGGGCGGGGCUUGAGAAGAGGGCUCUGGCUGGUGGGAAGGAAGGAGCGGAGACGGCGCUGCGAGUCGCCGCGGGAGGCCAUGGACGGGGACAAUGAGAUCCAUGAGCUCCAGCGCUGCUUGGCUGAGGCAGGACAGAGCCAUCUGCUUUGGUUCUGGGAAGAACUGGAUGUGUCAGAGCAGCAAGAGCUGUAUAGAGACUUGAAGGACAUGAAUCUGGGAGAGCUGGGCCAAGCUUUCCAGAAAGCCAUGAAGGAAAGCAGCCAUUUGCCAGGGCAGGAGAACGUGGAUGCCAAAAUGGAACCUGUGCCGCGUGAAGUGCUAGGGAGCGCAACUCGGGACCAAGCCCAGCUGUCGGCCUGGGAGCAGGAAGGUCUCCGACAGAUUUCCCAAAACAAAGUUGCUGUUCUUCUGCUAGCUGGUGGGCAAGGAACAAGGCUGGGUGUCUCAUACCCCAAGGGGAUGUAUGAUGUAGGCCUGCCAUCCCACAAAACUCUCUUCCAGAUCCAAGCAGAGCGCAUCCUGAAACUGCAGCAGCUGGCUGAAAGACAACAUGGCCUGAAUUGUGUUAUUCCAUGGUACAUCAUGACAAGUGGUAGGACAAUGGAAUUGACUAAAGAAUUUUUCCUGAAGCACAAAUACUUUGGCUUAAAGAAAGAGAAUGUGAUCUUCUUCCAGCAAGGAAUGCUGCCUGCUAUGGACUUUGAUGGGAAAAUUCUCUUGGAAGAGAAAGGCAAAGUUUCUAUGGCACCAGACGGUAAUGGUGGCCUCUACCGCGCUCUGGGAGCCCAUCAUAUUGUGGAGGACAUGGAAAAGCGAGGCAUUGGCAGCAUCCAUGUCUAUUGUGUUGACAAUAUUUUAGUCAAAGUGGCUGACCCUCGCUUCAUUGGCUUCUGUGUACAGAAGGGAGCAGACUGUGGAGCAAAGGUUGUUGAAAAGACCAAUCCCACGGAGCCCGUUGGUGUGGUGUGCCGAGUGGGUGGCGUUUACCAAGUGGUGGAGUACAGUGAGAUCUCUCUGGCCACAGCGCAGAAAAGGGGUCCCGAUGGCCGGCUGCUAUUUAAUGCUGGGAACAUAGCCAACCACUACUUCACCCUGGAGUUUCUGAAAGACGUUGUCAACCUUUACGAGCCUCAGCUACAGCACCACGUAGCCCAAAAGAAGAUCCCGUGUAUAGAUGUAGCCACUGGAAAGCCUCUGAAGCCAGACAAACCAAAUGGGAUUAAGAUGGAGAAAUUCGUAUUUGACAUCUUCCAGUUUGCCAAAAAAUUUGUGGUUUACGAAGUGCUGAGAGAAGACGAGUUCUCUCCUCUGAAGAACGCGGACAGCCAGAAUGGGAAAGACAGCCCCACCACUGCACGCCACUCCCUGAUGUCACUGCAUCACUGUUGGGUUCUCAAUGCUGGAGGGCACUUUGUGGAUGAAAAUGGAAGGCGCCUUUCUGCAAUUCCCCGUUGCACUAAUGGAAGGUCUGAUGCGAUCCAGGCGGAUGUCAGUCACAAUCUGAAGGAUGCCAGUGAUUUCCCAAUUCAGUGUGAGAUUUCUCCUCUUGUUUCCUACGGGGGUGAAGGCCUGGAGGAAUACGUGAAGGACAAAGAAUUCCAUGCCCCUUUGAUUAUCCAUGAGUUGGUGAAGAAUGGAUUGUGAGAUCCCCUGUUCAUCUUUCUGGUGAACCUCGGUUGUCAGACUGUGAAUAUUUGAUUUAAAGUUUCAG